AUGCCAUUAUCACUUCGCUGUUCCUUGGUCGUCUCGCUGUGCCAGAUACUCGUGGUCUUACUGCCUUAUGUAAAUGGGGAUUCCCAUCCAGAUUCAACAGUGCCAGAUGACAGACUUGGCGAUUUUCUAAGCGGCUAUGGGAACUCCACUCUGCUUCGGGCAAUCACCACGGGAGGGUCAUUGGAGUCUACCUCGACCAUUCCUACACUUGUCCCUACCGCCGACACGGGCACCUCUGACGACUUACAAAAUUCCACUGUGCCAAAGAACGAUUUUGAUGCUGAUGGUGAUGAUGAUGAUGACACCAUUGUCCAUAUUAACGCUCUAAACGCCUCGACGGGCGCCACCAACUCGUCCUCUCCAUCGCCAUCCCUUGGCAAGAUUGAUUAUGUCGGCUACGUUGCCAUUCCCUUUUUUCUGAUAACGGGCCUCACCGGGAACACCUUCACCAUUCUGAUCAUGAGCGGCAAGCAGUUCCAGAAAAUGACCAUCAGCACGCUUCUCAUUGCCCUGUCUGUUUCCGACUCGCUGUUGGUGGUCAUGGCGCCGUUCAACAAGAAGUGGUUCCAACAGAUGAUAGGUGUAGACGUGCGCUCCUUCUCCCUCUUCAGCUGUAAAGUGUUCUUUUGGUUCUGGCGAAUGGCAAAGAUGACGUCAUCUUGGUUUGUGGUCAUUGUUGCCAUUGAAAGAUUUAUUGCAGUAUGGUUUCCUCUUAAAGUGAGGACCUUGUGUACCAAAAGGAACGCUAGGAUUGCUCUUGCUCUAGACUACAUUUGUAUUGGAGCAUUCAACUUUGCUUGGGUUUGGGUUGCCGAUAAUCUCACCCCCUCGGGUACGUGCAGUCCAAAUUACGCCCCCAGCCCGGAAUUCAAGACUGUGACUGUGGGGUUCAUUUGGGUGGGCAGCUUCGUCUACUCCGUUAUUCCUACAGCUAUUCUCCUGGUCUUGACCUCACUCAUCAUCGGACGGUUAUACAGCCAGCGCCGAGUGCGUCGCGCUCUUUCCAUUACCAGCGACAAGUCUCAGAGCUCCUUAAAGAACAAGGACAACACCAACAAGAGCACGGCCCUGCUCCUGGGUGUCGCCAUAGCGUUCUUGGUGCUUGUUAACCCUAUAGCUACCGCCCACAUUGUGACAGUAAUAACGGACAGGAAAAUUUUCGAGACCGAUGAACCAGGAUUCCAGGUGUAUCGCGAGAUCGCUUCGUUACUGGAGUCAGCGAAUUACUCCAUCAACUUCUUCAUCUACGUCAUCUGGAAUCAGCAGUACCGACAACGCUUUCUCUCCAUGGUGUCCUGUCUUGUCUGCAAGUGUACAGGGAAGAAGUUCGAAAGGGAGAACAGCGCCAGCAGAACGCUUCAGACCGGUCUCAGCAAGGGCACGGCCACCAGUGAGGGUGAUAAACGGGAUCAUGCUGACAGCAAGGAAGAUGCCCCCAAGACGCAAAAUUCUGUGAAUGGGGACGCUGGAAAGUUACAGGCUACGGCUAUCGUAUAA